GUAACAUCCGCUUCCGUUUUAGGAUUCCAGGCGCAGAAGAGUGCUGCUGGUGGCGGCCGUUGAUCUCCCAGCAUGCCUUUCCUCCACGGCUUCCGGAGGAUAAUCUUUGAAUACCAACCUCUGGUAGAUGAGAUCCUGGGAGCGGUGGGCAUCCAUGACCCGGAGCAGACGGAGGUGCCGCCGAGCACCGGCAGCUACCUGGCCGCUGACGGUGACAAGUUUCUUGCUUUGAAUGAACUUCUGGAGAGACAUUCGCAGUCGGCGUUCUACCGCGAGGGGAUCAGUUACUCCCUCCUGAAGGUGGCAGAGCUGGGGCUGGUCGCGGCUGCCGAGAUCCUCCUCCAGUACGGCGCCGACCUCAGCUUCGAGGAUCCUGUGACGUACUACACGCCCCUUCACAUCGCAGUCCUCCGGAACCAGCCCGACAUGGUGGAGCUACUGGUUCAGAGUGGAGCGGAUAUUAACAAGAGGGACAGGAUUCAUGAGAGCAGUCCCCUGGACCUGGCCAGCGAGGAGCCUGAGCGGCUGCCGUGUUUGCAGCGACUUCUCGACCUCGGAGCGGAUGUGAACGCAGCGGAUAAAAACGGUAAGACGGCUCUGCUACACGCACUGGCCAGCAGCGACGGAGUCCAGAUCCACAACACUGAAAAUAUCCGGUUGCUUCUGGAAGGAGGUGCCGACGUAAAGGCCAUGACCAAAGACUGCGACACCGUAUUUUCAAGCAUCAUCUUCCUACUGGGAGAGAUUGUUGGAUCCGAUAAAGAGGAGGCAAAGCUGAUUAACCAUUUCUGCUUCCGGGUCAGCCAGCUGCUGAUGGCCCACGGCGCAGACCCCAGCGAGUGCCCGUCCCACGAGUCCCUCACUCACACGUGCCUCAAAAGCUUCAAGCUCCACUUUCCUCUCCUGCGUUUCCUUCUGGAAUCGGGCGCCUCGUACAACUGCUCCCAGCACGGCCCCUCCUGCUGGUCCGGCUUUCACAUAGUCUUUGACAGGCUGUGCACUUACCUGGGCAACUGCGAGGACUGCGACUCUGUGGACCUUCUGAACAAAGCCGAGGGCGUCCUGGAACUGAUGGUCGCCCAGUCUCCGAGGGUCACCCUGCCCAGGAACUUUGACCUGAACACGUCGAGCUGCAGGGUCCACGCUGACCAAGUCAACGCCCUACACCAGUCCCUAAAACAGCUGGAGCAGUCGCCCCCUACCCUGAAGCAUCUGUGCAGGGUCUACAUCCGCCGGAGGCUCAGGCCUUGGCCCGUGGAUGUCAAAGUGAAAUCCUUGCCCCUUCCAGACCGCCUGAAACUCUACCUUCUUAUCCACCCCGCUGCCUCCUAUGAAGAGGACCCCUAGUGGUGGACCCCCGGGGAGGAGACUUUGUCCCGUGUCCUUUUGUUUCCACCUAAGAAAUCGGGUGUCUGCAGAGCAGAGGUGCCCGCCGCCCUCCCAUAGAUGUAUUCUCGUGCUUGUGAUCUUGAAGGGUGUAGUAGUCAAUGGCCGAUCCAUUUCAUCAGGGUAUGGAACCCCUUUAAUUGGACCUGAAUUUCUGCAUGAUCCUCUCCUCCGGACCUGACGAGGAGAACGCGGUAGUCUAAUAAACGGAGAUGUGGUUGUGUGGGACGACGAGGGGUGAAUUUUCCAGUUUGUCCUCAGCAGCUCUACUGGUUCCCAUGGGGAAACUUUAAAGAGGUUCUCUGCUCUACAGCGAUCAAUGACCGGUCAUCCAUAUCGGAUUGGUGGGAGUCACCGAUCGGCUGUAUGGAUGGAAGCAGGAGGCUGUGUACACUGUGUAGUACCUGGCGCCAACCUACGGAAGCCUAGUUCCUAUUCACUUGAAGGGGAGCUGAGCCGCAGUACCCCGACCGGGCCACUACGCGUUGUAUGGCGCUGUCAACCUCCAGCUCCGGACGCUGUAUAGCUUCUGAUGCCGCAACAAACUGAAGCUGCUGAUUGGUGGGGUCUGACGCCUGGCACCCCCACCAAUCUGAUAUGGAUGACCUAUCCAGCUGUCAUGACACUACAACUCCCAGCCUGCACUAUUGGAGACCACGGCUCUCUGGGAUUCAUAUGCAAAAUGGUAACUAAAAAAAGAAACGGGUCUCUACGGCGCCACCUAGAGGCAGCCAAGCUAUAAAUCAUAAGUUCUGCUGUCUUAAAGAAUUUGGGGUUGGGUUACCAGCCGACUCUAAUGCCUCAUUCACACGUCAGUGUUCGGUCAGUGAUUUUUCUCUAAACACAGAACAGGUGCAGAUCUUUCCCUAAUGUCUGUGGAGGCUCCAGUCCUGGAUUUGGCUCACAAUGACUGAUGGAAAUCACUGACCAAACACUGACGUGUGACUGAGGCUUAAGGCCUCAUGCACACCUCUGUAUGUAUUUUGCAGUCUGAAAAAUACGGAUACCGCCCGUGAGCGUCCUGCAGGCCCCAUUGUCAAAAUGCCCUAUUCUUUUCCGUUUUGCGGACAAGUCUAGGACACAUAUGAAAUUGAUAUAGCACACAGUAUGCUGUCUACGUUUUUUUUGACCCCAUUGAAAUGAAUGUCUGCAUUCAAGUUAGAGAACACCUGAGCAUGUUGGGAGUUGUAGUUUCACAGCAGCUGGCGUGCUGAAGGUUGCUGAUCCCUGCCCCAGAUCAUGGUAGCCCAUGUUUAAAAGGGUUGUCUCGCCUCCAACACUUGUGGCCUAUCUCUAGAACGGAGCGCAUGCGCAGGCACCGUCCAUUCAUUUCUGUGGGAGCGCUGAAAAUAGCUGAGCGGUGCACUCGUCUAUUUUCGGAAGUCUCAUAGAAAUGAAUGAAGCGCGCACUGUGCAAGAGCCGCCACCGCUCCGUUCACUUCUUUGGAACUGACCUGUAAAGGGAAGAUGACGUGCCUGCUUCCUGGCGCCGGUUCUCCGCUCUUUCUCCUCUAGGCCCGGGCUGAUCUCCGGGACGACAUCGCUGCAGCAGAAACCGGAUCCCUUUGUGUCAUGUGACCAUUUGUCAUGACACAAGGAGCGUUGGUCUCCGUUGCGGCAAUGUUGACCCGGAUUUUUACAGCAAGGGAAGUAAGCUUCCUUUACACGCCCGGCCCCAAUUCUUGCACAACCCCUUUAUUGAUUGAUCAGACAUUGACUUACAGGGUAGUGACCUAUAGGGGGCACUGGAGAGUUUUCUGGAUGGCGGCCACUUUGCAUCGUCUCCAUGGAAAAGAUGUUGGGGAGAGUUCACAUCUCCGCUUCAUUUUCCGUUCUAAUCCGUCAGAAAAAUAGAAGAAAAAAAAUAAAUUCGGUUGUGCACUUGGCAUCCAUUAUUUAUUUAUUUAUUUUUAGAA